AUGAGGAGGAGUUUAGCACCUAGUCAGCUGCAUUCAGUUAAAGUGUCACCUACUGCUCAGGAGCCUCCAUUCAAAACCUUCAGGACAGUUUUAAAUGAGAAAAAUGUUCCAGAUCACUCUCCAGCAACCUACGUUUCGCCCUUUAGAAAGUCACUCAUCCCGGGUGAUAUCAACUCACAUGAGGACCUUAUACGAAAUAUAUUGUCCAAGCCUUUUCGUGUCCCUAUUGUAAAUUAUGCUGGCAAUUCAACCGACUCACGAGCUCUGGGUGUUAGACGCAGCACAUCUAAAGUUGCUCUGCAUAAUCCACUUGAAGAAGGUGCUUUAGUUUUGUAUUCACCUCCUGAAGUGACAGCCCAUGACGCCCUUAAACAGGAAUCGACUAAACACUUAGUUCAUGUCGUUGUUGAUCCUAUGUUAUCGAAAAUUCUCCGUCCGCACCAACGUGAAGGUGUCAAGUUUAUGUACGACUGUGUUACCGGUGUACAAAUACCCGAAAAUCAUGGAUGCAUAAUGGCGGAUGAAAUGGGUCUUGGCAAAACAUUACAAUGUAUCACACUUAUCUGGACUUUGUUGCGCCAAGGCCCUGAAGGUAAACCAACAAUCGACAAAGCAGUUGUAAAAUGGUUGCAGGGCAAGAUAAAUCCUUUAGCUAUUGAUUCUGGAAGCAAGGAAGAAAUUGAUAAUAAAUUAGCUUGUUUUCUUUCACAAACUGGUAGGAGGAUUCCAUCACCGGUUUUAAUUAUCUCUUAUGAAACUUUUCGAUUGCAUACAUCUAUCUUACACAAGGGUUCUGUUGGUCUUAUCCUUUGUGAUGAGGGGCAUCGUUUAAAGAAUUCUGAGAAUCAAACGUAUCAAGCAUUGGUUAAAUUAAAUUGCCCACGUCGCGUACUACUUUCUGGGACUCCAAUUCAAAAUGAUUUGCUUGAAUACUUCAGCUUAGUGCACUUUGUUAAUAUGGGACUAUUGGGCACAGCUAAUGACUUUAGACGCCGUUAUGAAAUACCGAUUUUACGUGGACGUGAUGCUGAUGCUACUGAUGAAGACCAGAAGAAAGGUGAAGAAAUAUUACAAGAGCUUUUAGGCAUUGUGACGCGGUGUAUCAUUCGUCGAACUCAAGCUAUACUGACAAAAUAUCUGCCGGUGAAAAUUGAACAAGUAGUCUGCUGCAAUUUGGUACCAGGUCAGCGCGAAGUAUAUACAGACUUUGUAAAACGAAUGGCACGUGAAGUGUCUUUGAAAAUGAAUUCAGACGAGUCAAAUCAACGCAGUGAUAAAUUAUCAAUGUCAAGCUUAGCAUCAAUAACACAUUUAAAGAAGUUAUGCAAUCAUCCAGAUCUUGUUUAUGAGAAAAUGGCAACAAAUACCGAUGGCUUUCAUAAUGCUCUUAGUCACUUUCCUCCUAAUUAUCGAGGUUCACUUGAAUCUAAUGACGCUGUGAAACCUGAACUAUCUGGUAAAUUUCAAGUACUUGAUUGCUUGUUGGCUGUGAUCAAAGCAACCACAUGUGAUAAGGUGGUACUUAUUUCAAACUAUACUCAAACACUUGAUCUUUUUGAACGUUUGUGCUGUCAAAGGGGGUAUAACUUUGUGCGCCUAGAUGGUACAAUGACAAUUAAGAAGCGAGCGAAAGUUGUUGAACGGUUCAAUGACCCAACCUCACAGGAUUUUGUAUUCAUGUUAAGCAGCAAAGCUGGUGGUUGUGGACUCAAUUUGAUUGGUGCCAAUCGUCUUGUCAUGUUUGAUCCUGAUUGGAAUCCAGCUAAUGAUGAUCAAGCGAUGGCACGUGUUUGGCGUGAUGGUCAAAAGAAACAGUGUUAUAUAUAUCGGCUUAUUUCGACGGGUACCAUUGAGGAGAAAAUGCUUCAGCGUCAAGCGCAUAAAAAAGCGCUUAGCAGUUGUGUGGUUGAUCAACAGGAGGAAGUUGAACGUCACUUCAGUCUGGGUGAUUUGCGCGAACUAUUCAUGUAUCAUUCUGAAACACUAUCGGAUACUCAUGACAGAUUUAAGUGUCGCCGUUGUGUAAAUUCAGUUCAAAUAAACCUCCACCAGAAGGUACAGAUUGUAAUUCAGAUUUUUCUCAAUGGAAUCAUUGUUACGGGAAAAAAACACUAA